AUGGUCUAUAUGGAAAAAGAAAUCAUUGAUGGUACGGAAACUUAUUCAUGGCCUGAAGGCAUCUGGUGGUCCAAGAUGGGUGAUUUGCAUGACUGCAGUGCCUUUUUUGAGCUGAUGGCAACCGGAUCUGAUGACGGCGAACUGAGGCUAUGGAAGGUGGCCACUGACUACAAAAGUGCGCGCAUGUUUUGUCAAAAGAAAUGCAGCGGGGCAGAGAACGUCGUGCCAGCGGUAGAAAAAGAUGCCCGUACCCACGUAAUCAUCAUCCUGCCUGUCCAUUAUGGUGAAGAGCAGCAAAUGGUGGAGAACUCGCAAAACGGGAAUCAAAGUGGUCCACGCCAGACUACGAGUGACUCGGAUGGCGAGAAAGAAGAGCAAGAAGAAGACGCUUGUUUACUUGUUUUCAUUGUUUUCAUGUUUGACCGUUUAUCGGUUCAGUUACCUUCUUUCAAAUUUGCUCUUUCUUCGCCUAUGUUUUUGAAGUUUAGGCACCCAAACGUUCCUCACUUGUCUCCCAAUCGUUCCCGAUCGUCGCGGCCGAGUCAUAUCUCACUUACAAGUGGAGCGAUUUUUCCACCCAUCUAUAUGGAACCGAAUACUUUAUUGGUGCACGUCGCAAGUGCCCGAGGCUUGUAUUUGAAGAAUCAUGUAACCCUCGACGCAUUCGCUACCGUGGUCCUUCAUGGCAAAGGGUCAUUACGAAGUCGAGCCAUAACUGAAGUGGUAAACACAGAAGCUGAUUGUCGAUGGGAUGAACAUUGUGAAUUCAAACUCAAUGACAAAUCCUCUCAUAUUACAGUAACUGUUUCACAUAAAACAAAGUUUGGCGGUGCAGAUGUUAUUGGAAAAUGUGAAAUUCCAAUUGAGCAAGCCAAAAGAGUUGGUGGACACAUGUGGUUUGCAUUAAAGAAAAGGAAAGAUGAUGAUAAAUACAGAGGCGAGAUACAACUGCAAUUCACGUUUUCAUACGAGAAACCGACGCUUUCGAUAUCGAACACGUCUCUCAACAAAAUUGAAAAAGACGGGAUGCUGGACAAAAUGAAAAGGAAGUUGAAAGUUGGAAAACAUAAACAAGCUGAAGAUACCAUGUCGAUGGCUAGUGGGAUAAGUGGAAUCAGCAUGGCCAGCUCACGAAGCAGUCGUUUCAUCAGCAAGAUUAAAACGAUUGGAAGAUCGAAGAAGGACGUUUCUGAUUCAUCCAACGAUGUAAAUUCAUCUUUUGAAUCAAAUGGUCAUCUUGCACCACCCACAAGCAAUGGCGCAGUUCGUAUGCGCGACGAAAGAUCCAAUAACGCCUCUCGGCCUGUUUCGGCAUUAAGCGGGAUAGAUUUCAGCGAGGAGACUUACACUCCACAAAAUCCACUUUCCAUUUCUACGCCUGCUGCUCAAGGAGCUCAGUUUACUCAGAAUAUCUCCGGCUCACCUACCGCAUCUACAGCGGAAUCGUUCCACAGAGCGAACAGCAUUAGAAGCGUAGCAUCUUCUGGCUUUGGAGGAUCCAAUAAACAAGUGAAAAGACGAAGCGAUGAGAACACUGCGUCUCAGCAGGACUUGCUAGCAUUAGUGGACAGUCUACGCUUGGAAUUGCGAGUAAAAGAAUCUCGUCUACGUGAUAUGGAAGAGUAUAUGGACAAUCUGAUUAUGCGGGUGAUGGAGCGCAAUCCUGAGCUUUUGGCAGCUCCACUUGGACCCGAUAAGAACAAAAGGAAUACCACUAAUAACAACUGCCGUUACAUCUAAUUCGUUACCAAGUACUUAAAUUGCUCAUGCUAGUCUGCUUCGUCCACUUCCAGAUUAUAACCAAACACACUGUUUGCCUGCUCGUCUUUCUCACUACAGCGGCCUUAUACUUAACACACUUUUCUUGAUGUAAAGCUUUAAUAAAUGUGAUAAGAGUAAAAAUCAUUGCAUUGUGAAUAGAAAUCUAAUAAUCAUGCAAGAAUAGCUUAACCAUCCGGAUUAUUUGCUCCAUACAUUGAUGCAACAAAUUUUUUGAUUGUUUGCUCAAGUUUUGAUAUCGGAUGGAAUGUUUGUGAUUGCUGUCGGCUAUUGUAUUGCAAAACACUGGUGAUAUCUUACUUGUCGUGCUUGAAUUUUUCUCUUGUAUUUUUUAAUCAAUAAAAGAU